CGGUGCGAUCCCGGUUCGGCUCCCGCGGGCCCAUGGAACCGGCCGAGGUGGAGUUCCUGGCCGAGAAGGAGCUGGUGACGAUCGUGCCCAACUUCAGCCUCGACCGGAUUCACCUGAUCGGGGGAGAUCUGGGCCCCUUCAAUCCUGGUUUGCCAGUGGAGGUGCCUGUGUGGUUGGCCAUUAAUCUGAAGCAGAGGCAGAAGUGUCGGCUCAUUCCCCCAGAAUGGAUGGAUGUCGGGAAACUGGAGGAAAUCCGGGAUCAGGAGCGGAAAGAGGACACCUUCACUCCGAUGCCCAGUCCCCACUACAUGGAACUCACCAAGCUGCUGCUGAACUAUGCCUCUGACAACAUCCCCAGAGCGGACGAGAUCCGGACACUGGUGAAGGACACGUGGGACACGCGCAUGGCCAAGCUGCGCCUGUCCGCCGACAGCUUCGUGCAGCAGCAGGAGGCUCACGCCAAGCUGGAUAACUUAACCCUGAUGGAGAUCAACAGCACCGGGACUUUCCUUACCCAAGCCUUGGACCACAUGUACAAGCUCCGGACUAACCUCCAGCCUGGCGAGAGCUCCCACUCCCAGGAUUUCUGACAGGGAGCUGGGAAAGAGCCGCUUCAUCUGGCCAGCUCCCACCUCCCUGCAGGGACCUCCCGGCCCCACAUUCCCCCGGGGGCCGGCUGGGAAUCGCUCCGGAGCUGCCGGAGCAUCCCUCGGUGCGGGCGGUGACUCGCUGGGCGGAUCUCUCGGGUUGUACUUCAGCGAGGGAACUUCUGAGGGCAGCACAGGCCACACGCUGCCUUGAAAGCCAUAAAUUUCGAGGCGGUGCUUCCAUGGAUUUUCUUAAAGCCUUGGGGGAAAAAAAAAAAAAAAAAAGGAAAGAAAAAAAAAA